AUGCUUUUGGGGGCAUGUCUUACUGGGGUUUUCCUUACGACCAUCCUCCGAGUACUUUACAACAUCUUCUUACAUCCGCUUGCUCGCUAUCCGGGCCCAAUAUCUUGGACAUCGACCUCGAUUCCAUCUCAGAUUGCGCUAUUGAAAGGGACAACACAUUUGCACUCAGCACGAUUGCAUCGAAAGUAUGGCCCGGUUGUUCGGGUGUCUCCCAACGAGCUCUCGUACAUCACUGCCCAGGCUUGGGCUGAUAUCUAUGGACGUCGAAACCCUGGACAAUUGCAGAAACACCCAGAUAUCAUCUCCGGGCCCCCUAACGGGGUUUACGGGCUGGCAAACACCCCUAAUGAUAAGGAUCAUGCUCGUAUGAGACGGCUGAUGGUUCCUGGAUUCAGCGAAAAGGCUGUGCGCGCCCAAGAAAACGUCUUCAGAGACCACAUCGAUCGUCUCAUUGCCAAAGUUCAAGGAAACGAAGGCAAAGACGCCACCGACUUGAUGCUCCUGUUGCAUGCUACCACCUUUGAUAUCAUUACCGAGUCGAUGUUUGGGGAGAGUGCUAAUACGCUCGAGACGGGGACUGACUGGAUGUCUUUAACUAUGCCCCUGGCUCGUGGACGCAUCAUAAACACUGUUGCAUCUAGUUAUAGCACCCUAAUCAUCCCUGUCAUACGUCGUCUCAUGCCAGGGAUGGUCCCCAACACAGCGAUUCAAUUUUUCCAGAAUACGGUUGCAGCACUCGACCGCCGAUUGGCUAAACCGAUCUGUGACGACGAUCGUCCCGAUAUCUUGCAGCCUGUGCUGCCACACCUGGACAGCCCUAAGGGUCUUUCUUUGGCAGAGUUGCAAUCUACUAUGCGGUCUUUGAUGAUUGCCGGCUCCGAGACGAGCGCCAGUAUCCUGACCUCAGCGCAUUACUUUGUGUUGUCCAACCCAAGGAUUUAUAGGCGUCUACUGGCUGAGGUUCGUCACCAAUUCGCAUCGGAUCGCGAUGUUACCGGUGCCACGGUGAAUAAAUGCAAGUAUCUGGUAGCUGUUCUUGAAGAGACCAUGCGUAUUUGGCCAGCCAUCGCCGUCAGUCUGCCACGCCUAACACCACCGAAAGGCUGCGAAAUCGAUGGCUCCUGGGUACCAGGGGGAAUCAAAGUCGGCGUCAAUCAAUGGGCCGCCUACCAUUCUGAGCGCAAUUUUUCUCGACCCGAUGAGUUUCUCCCCGAACGAUGGUUAGAGGAAGGAAAGGAAGAUUUUGCCAAUGAUGACAAGGCCGCCUUCCAACCUUUCAGUGCGGGUCCGCGAAACUGCCUCGGCAUGAACUUUGCCCGGACGGAGACUCGGAUUAUUUUCGCUCGUUUGCUGCUGAACUUCGAAAUGGAGCUUUUCACAGGUCGGGAAGAGUGGGAUGCCCAGAGAGUCUUUAUUAUGUGGAGCCGCUGUCCUCUGCGAGUCAAGGCCAGACAGGUGACAUUGCCAUGA